AAAUACAACAAAAACAAAAUAAAAAAAUAUUAUACAAGAAAUCAAAUUUGGAUCAUCAUAAUAAUUAAAAAUUUGGAAGAGCAUUGGAAAAGGAUGGGAAGGGAAGAGGAGAAAACCUCACCCACUGCGCUGCAAAAAGCAAGAAUCCCAUGUGGACAGAUGGCCACGUGGGCAGAUGGCGAGUUCCGGGAUGAGAUGGACAGCGUCACUGCCACUGCAUAGCGGAAGAGCUGCGAAGGCACCCAAGCCACCAAUUCCUGAGCCCCAUAUCCACCGUCCACUCCAAACCCAACGGUCCCCAGAUUCCACAUUCCAUAUCCACCGCUCUACUCUGCUCCUCAUGCUGCUGCUCUCCUGAACUCUGCUUCUCCUCCGAUUCCACCAGCCAUGGCUUCCAUGCCACCACUCGCCACUCCUUCUCUUCUUCUCCCUUCCUCCAAGCUUCCGCCCUUCAAUUCCCUACAGCUUCCCUGCUCCUCUUCCCUCAGUUCUACCCACUUUUGUCGCCUCAGACGCCAUUCUUCCUUUUCCUCAUUUCCUCCUCUGACACUCUCCAAGGCCGUUUUCAACAUCAAACCCGGUCCGCGAUGUCACCGCGUCAGAGCCUCAGCUGCUGGAGCUUCAGUUUCUCCAGCUCCGGCUGCUCAGCCGUGGCAGGGUGCUGCAAUUAAACCUCUGUUGGCUUCUAUAGCCACGGGGGUUCUGCUCUGGUUUGUCCCCGUGCCUUCUGGGGUGUCCAAAAACGCCUGGCAGCUGUUGGCGAUUUUCUUGGCCACCAUCAUCGGCAUUAUUAUGCAGCCAUUGCCACUCGGUGCUGUGGCCGUGUUGGGUUUAGGUGUUUCGGUUCUUACAAAAACCCUGACCUUCUCCGCAGCCUUCUCGGGCUUCGGCGAUCCCAUCCCCUGGCUCAUUUGCAUGGCCUUCUUCUUUGCCAGGGGCUUUAUUAAAACGGGUUUGGGCAAUCGAAUUGCUUAUCAAUUUGUUUCUCUUUUUGGUAGCUCAUCUCUAGGAUUAGGAUACAGUUUAGUUUUUAGCGAGGCCUUGCUGGCACCGGCGAUUCCUUCCGUCUCGGCUAGAGCUGGCGGCAUUUUUCUUCCGUUAGCGAAAGCCUUGUGCGUCGCUUGUGGUAGUAACGUGGGUGAUGGAACCGAGAGUAGACUGGGAUCGUGGUUAACGCUGACUUGCUUUCAAACUUCGGUGGUAUCGUCGGCCAUGUUUUUGACUGGAAUGGCAGCGAAUCCCUUGUGCGCCACUCUGACCCAAAACUCUAUCAACCAGACGAUUGGGUGGUUAGAUUGGGCCAGAGCUGCCAUUGUGCCCGGUCUGCUGUCAUUGAUAUUGGUCCCUUUCAUUUUGUAUGUGGUUUACCCUCCAACAGUGAUAUCCAGUCCCGACGCGCCCAAGCUUGCUAGGGAGAAGUUGCAAGCGAUGGGACCAAUGACCCUAAAUGAGAAGAUAAUGGCCGGGACUCUGCUCGUCACGGUGGGGCUCUGGGUUUUUGGUGGGGUUCUUGACGUGGAUGCGGUGACCGCCGCGAUUCUGGGAUUAGCUGUACUGCUUGUGACUGGGGUUGUUACGUGGAAGGAAUGCUUGGCCGAGGGAGUUGCCUGGGAUACGCUUACGUGGUUCGCUGCCCUCAUUGCAAUGGCCGGUUAUCUCAACAAAUAUGGUCUCAUUGCCUGGUUCAGCCAAGCUGUUGUCCAGUUUGUGGGGGGACUGGGACUGUCGUGGCAACUAUCAUUUGGCAUCCUGGUGCUUCUCUACUUCUAUUCACAUUACUUCUUCGCGAGUGGGGCCGCUCAUAUCGGAGCCAUGUUUACAGCGUUCUUGUCUGUUGCAAGCGCGCUGGGCACUCCACCCUACUUCGGAGCCAUGGUGCUGUCUUUCCUCUCCAACCUGAUGGGGGGCCUUACCCACUACGGGAUUGGGUCGGCACCCGUGUUUUUCGGUGCCAACUAUGUCCCCUUGCCCAAUGGUGGGGCUACGGCUUCCUUGUAAGCAUUGUCAACAUCAUCAUCUGGCUUGGCGUUGGAGGAGCUUGGUGGAAAUUCAUUGGCUUGUGGUGAAGUUCCUUUUUCGCUUCACUAGCCCAUCCCCAAUCUUUGCUAUAACCAUCCUUCCAUGUGGUUUUUAUCGACGUCUUUGUCGGGGCACUACUAUAGAGAAUUGGCCAUUUUAUAUCCAAGUCGAGCAAUCAUUUUUUCGCGCAAUGUCAUCCGGGAAGACUAAUUAUCACAAUUUCAUGUUCCAAUUCUUCCAUCUAUGCGUGGUAUGUGGCAAGAAAGUCAAGACAGUUGUCAGCACCUAUAUAAAAUUUAUGUAAAGCCACAUCUUUCAUAAAUUAUUAAUAUAACAUGGCAUAGUUUUUACAUUUCAAA